AGUGUAAAAAGACGAACGAGAGUGAACGGACGCGCUACCGCACUGCCAAACGGUGUCACUGCCAGCGAACAUUAAAUCCUUUUGUUUCAAUAGAAAUUUUAUUAAAAAGCAAUACAAUUAAGUUAUGUUAAGUGCAAUAAGUGUUUUAUAAUUUGCUUUUGAAAAAAUAAGGAUUCUAUUAUUAAUUGCGUCUCAUAAAAGAGCACAAAGUGUACGGAGAAGACAAAGGAAAGUCGUGACAAGUCACUUAAAGUGACUCAUUCAUUGCCAUUGCCAUUGCCAAUAUCACUAUCAAAAUCACUGCCUGUUGCGCUCUAUGUCCGCAUUGCGUUCCAAUAACAACAAACGAAUCACAAACGAGCUUUUUUUUCGAAUUCAUCAACGUCCUUGACCUUAACGUAACCGUAUAACGAGAUUCACACACGCACGAAGAUGGAGGGGGAGCAAGAGAGAGAGCUUGGCAUGCAGCAGAAUCAUCGCAAUCAUAUUUUAGAGAAUAUUGAGGAUCUGAUCAAGCUCACCAGCUACUUUGAUCUCAUGACUGAAACAGUGCGCAGAGGAAUUCUCUCGCAGAGAAUGCGUGAGAUCAUUGAGAAUCGAUGUAACAUGUCCGACUCGGAUGCACUUCAUGAACAGCACAGAAGAUAUUUCGAGAAGAUUACGAAACGCGGACCCAAAGCCUAUGAUAACUUAAAGAGAAUCUUUGGGGAUUUACGUUUCGUGCAAGCAUUGCGCAUACUCGAGGCUGUAGAGGAUCCCAACAGUGGACAGCCCUACGUGUCUAUAAGAACAAGCCGAAAUCAGGCCAAUCAGAUUCACAACAACAACAACAGUAACAACAACAGCAUUAACAACAAUAACAACCACAACAACAGUGGCAACAGCAACAGUAACAGUAACAAAUCCACUGACAUUGUGGAUAACCGCAUUAAAUCACAUUUUGAUCCAAAUGGACCUCUUAUACCGUAUACUGAACCCGUGGUUGGAGAAACGCGCGUCGUUCAAAAAUCGGAUCGCAUUCACAGGGAUGAAUUUGUGGGCACAUAUACGAUGCAAUCGGAGCAUGAUCGUGGGGUGCUUCUUAUAGUGAAUAUCAUAGACUUUCCGAACCCGGAUAGAAAGCGAACGGGAGCUGAAUUGGAUGAGAAAUCGCUGAUUCACAUCUUUAGUGAAUUUGGCUUUACGAUAUUCAACUAUGUGAAUCUCAAUCAUGAUGAAUUCUUCACUAUACUGCGCACACUCACCAGCUCCGAAUGUGUACGGAGGACCGAGUGCUUUGUCAUGGCGCUAAUGACGCACGGCGAACGUUCCGAUGAAAAGGACAGGGUACUUUUCACCGACGGAUCCGUUAGCGAUGUGAGAACCAUUAUUGAUCAUUUCCAGGUGGACACUUGCCGAUUCUUGUUGAAUAAGCCAAAGGUGCUCAUAUUUCCAUUUUGCCGUGGCGAUAGGCCCGACCCGGGCCAAACGGUAAUACCUCGCCAUAUCCAACCCCUACAGAGGAUGCCUACACAAACCGAUGGCAUGGGAACACCCCUCCAAUGUAACAAUGUGCCAACGUUGUCCGAUCUUUUAGUUUGCUAUGCCAGCGUGCCCGGUUGGGAAACUCAUCGAGAACCCAAUGAAGGCAGUUGGUAUAUACAAAAGCUCUGUGAUUUUCUAGCAGAACACGCGCACGACAAAUCUCUGGAGGAUAUACUGAAGAAGACGCAACUUAUGGUUGGCAAUAUGCGAACCCAAAAGUACACGUUGCAAACCGGAGCCAAUGAGAAUCUCGGCUUCAAUAAGAAACUAUUUUUCAAUCCAGGAUUCUACAACGAUCCCAACACUGCCACGUGAACAUUCCCCUUCUUUCCUUCCAUCGACUGACUGAUUUGCAUUUAUACUGGUCGUCUUUAUAUAUCUACUUAUAAACUAUAUUCUUAACUGCCUCUAUCUGUAUUUGUGUGAAAUUGUAUAAUAUUGUUAUUGUGCUAUUAUUGUCCAAGUCCACGUCUGCCAAUGUGAAAUACUCACAAAUUAUGUUUAUAUUAUUUUUUAUACAUACAAACUAUGCUUUUUGUACAAUAAACAUUUUUAUAUACGAGUA